AUGCCCGGCGGAAACAGGGCGACGUACAUAGUAGCUAUCGGGACGGUGCGCGACCCCGACGCCAAGUAUGGCCUGUCGAAAGAGCCGAGCGGGGCCAACAUGGACCCGAUGCCGGUAAAAUCGGGGUCGACCUCCACACCAGACAGCCCAGUCCCCGUCUAA